AUGGCAGCAGCAAUAGAGAGAUCUGGUGUGUCAAGCCUCAAGCUUGACGAUGCCGCAUCACCAUCGCUCGCAUUCACAGCGUUUGAUCUGCCUUCAAGCAACCAGAGAGUUCUCGGACAACCUCAUCCCGCUGGCACAGUUAUCCCACUCGCACUGCGUCCUUCAACUCACGACAAUGCCGAAGUUGAACUUGAUACCGUAGUGGAGACUAUAAAGUCUCUUCAAUCGCGGGGGGACGUCCUGACCAAGAAGCUCGCAGUGCAUGGCACGCUGUUGUUCCGGGGUUUGCCAAUUCAUAAUGCAGAGGACUUCAGCAAGUUUGCCCAUGCCUUUGGGUUUAAGCCACAUGAAAUCAUUGGUAUUGUUGUGGACAGACCACUCCUGGCUCCCAAUGUAGCCCCAGCCAACGAGGCACCCAAGGAGGUACUGAUUUACAACCACAAUGAAUCACCCCAGGUUCCUCACGCGCCAGAAUAUAUCUUUUUCUACAGCCACAAGGCACCAGAGAUUGGUGGUGAGACGCCUAUCUCUUCGUCUCUUGAGCUUUUCUACCGCGCAAAGGAGGAGAUUCCAGAGUUCAUCUCUGAAUUGACAGAGAAGGGUGUUCUUAGCAAAGUCGUGUACAAGGUCGACAAACAGUAUGAAGGCGGUUCCACGCUCAAACAAGCCUUUGGCAAGGAAAUCCAGGAUGGCGAUGAUGAGGCGACCCGACGUGCAAAGGUCGAGGCACAAAUUGCACGAUAUGGCAGGGGCAAAUAUACCACGUGGGAGUGGACUGACGAAAACAGCCUCCUCUUGACACACAGACUGCCUGCCGUUCGGACCCAACCUGGAACAGACUUACCGACUCUGUUCACAGGCCUGGCCGCUUACUAUAAGAACGCUCAGGUUAAUAAUACCACCAGCGACGCGAGAAGAAAAGUGACUGAACAGCUCUUCGGCGAUGGCACGCCCAUCCCUGAGAAGUACCUAGCUCACCUGGCUAAGAUUACUGACGAGAUCCGUGUGCUCCACAAGUGGCAACGUGGUGAUGUUCUUGUCUAUGAUAACAUAAUUGCGCAACAUGGUCGCCAGCCUUGGGGAGGAGAGCAAUCAGACCGUGUAGUACUUGCAAGUCUGUUUGAUGGCCAAAGCGUGCCUGGUGCCUAUGGGGCCCACAGGCACGACUGGGCCCAAGUUGUCCAGGCAUUGGAUGGCUGA